UGACUAAAACUCUAGAUAAUAGUAAAAAAUCAUCUAAGAAGAGAGCAGAAGAUAUUGGUAUUAAUUGCUUUUUGAGUAACUUACUAAGAAAAAAUCUAGAUAAACACCCUGCUGAUGAAUAUGAUCAUGAUCUUAUAGAAGAUAUUUCAGAUAAGGAAACUAUUCGUAAAGUCCUCCAAAGUGAACUUGAAUUAAUUUUUCCUGAUCAUUUCUCUCAAGACCUUAUUAAAGCUAAUAUACUGAAUCAAACGCCUCUAAUCCAGGAAAAAAUAGAAUCUCAAAGCAAUACUUCUCUAAUUAUCGAGCUUUUGAAAAAAUACAAUUGUGCAUUGGAUUGGAAAACUAAUGAGCUAAAAAUUCCUCUUAAUGAAAAAGAUUAUAUUA